AUGAGCCAUCUGCACAACUUACUGUUAGAUACCCUCCUGGGAACGAAGCACGUGGACGGCGCAGCGCUGAUCAAACUUCAGGAGCGGAGCCUGUGUGUAACAUCACCAGGAUUCAGUGUAAUGCCCAGUGAUGUCCGAACACUUGUGAAUGGAUUUGCCAAGAACCCUUUGCAAGCCCGAAGAGAAGGAUUGUAUUUCAAGGAAAAGGUUUAUAAAUGUGUCCGGGCAGAUGAACAUUCUCUUUAUGCUAAGAAUGAAAACACUGGUGUGGUUGUUGUGAAGACCCGUCUGUAUCUUCUGGUGGCAACUUACACUGAGGGCAUGUAUCCUAGUAUCUGUGUGGAAGCCACAGAGAAGCUGGGAGAAUAUCUAAGAAAAAAAGGAAGUUAA